AUGACCGCCACCAUUGACUUUUAUGGAUGUAAUUCUCCAAACGUUGCAAAGGUAUUCCUUUUGUUAAAGGCAUUGAACGUUGAAUUCAACUACCAUCACAUAAACUGGAGGGCCGGUGAACAGUACAGUGAUAAGUUUGUAAAGAUCAAUCCAAACUCAAAGAUACCGGCCAUCGUUGAUCAUGAUGUCCAAGGUGAUCCAAUCACUGUGUUUGAGAGUGGCAACAUCCUCUUCUACUUGGCCACCAAGUAUGCCAAGUUCAUACCCAACGCACAGAAACAGCCACGUGAACACAAUGAGACACUGAACUGGCUGUUCUGGCAGAUGGCCAACGUCGGACCAAACUUUGGCAACUGGUUCCACUUCUUCAACUAUGCCCAAGAGAAGCAGCACUAUGCCAUCCAGAGGUUCCACAACGAGUUGAGACGUCUGUUCUACGUGCUCGAUCGUGCACUUGAGCAACGCCAGUUUGUAGCCGGUGAUCAGUUCACCGUGGCCGAUGCCAGCAUCUUCCCAUGGGCUCGAAUCUAUGGCAUGGUGCCAGAGUUCACCAAGGAGGAGUUCCCCAAUGUUGAUCGAUGGUUGUCCACUGUUCGCAAUCUGUCAUUCGUUCAAGAGUGGGAGGCUGAUGACAAGGAGUAUAACAACAAGUAUCCAAAUCAGCCACCAACUGAUGAGCAACGAAAGUUUAUGUUCCUUGUUGAUGGUCGUCGUCAGAAUAAGUAA